CAAAAACGCAUUUCAGAGUGCCCAAAGAGUUAAUGACCACAGCUUAUAUUCCAGGCAGCAUAGAACCAAGAUUGUCACAUUACCGUCAACCACAAAGGACAGCAGAUCCUAUAGGGGUGGCAAAGUCCUAAGACCUGUCGCAAUGGCUUUAAUCUUUAGAAUAGCAAUGCAAUCUGUUGGACUUUUACUGUCUUUCCUGGGAUGGAUUUUAUCCAUUAUUACAACUUAUUUGCCACACUGGAAGAACCUCAACCUGGACUUAAAUGAAAUGGAAAACUGGACCAUGGGACUCUGGCAAACCUGUGUCAUCCAAGAGGAAGUGGGGAUGCAAUGCAAGGACUUUGACUCCUUCCUGGCUUUGCCUGCUGAACUCAGGGUCUCCAGGAUCUUAAUGUUUCUGUCAAAUGGGCUGGGAUUUCUGGGCCUGCUGGUCUCUGGGUUUGGCCUGGACUGCUUGAGAAUUGGAGAGAGUCAGAGAGAUCUCAAGAGGCGACUGCUGAUCCUGGGAGGAAUUCUGUCCUGGGCCUCGGGAAUCACAGCCCUGGUUCCUGUCUCUUGGGUUGCCCACAAGACGGUUCAGGAGUUCUGGGAUGAGAACGUCCCAGACUUUGUCCCCAGGUGGGAGUUUGGGGAGGCCCUGUUUCUGGGCUGGUUUGCUGGACUUUCUCUUCUACUAGGAGGGUGUCUGCUCCACUGUGCAGCCUGCUCCAGCCACGCUCCCCCAGCUUCAGGCCACUAUGCAGUGGCACAAAUGCAAACUCAGUGUCCCUACCUGGAAGAUGGGACAGCAGACCCUCAAGUGUAA